AUGCCUAGAUUUUAUCAAGCUCCAACACUAUCUGCAGAGUUUGAAUAAGAAAUGAAAAAAUUCAAGAACUUGUAGGUAUGGCAAGACAAAGACAUCCUAUCUAUGACUUAACUAAUCUUAAUUGAAGCCACAAGAGAUACUACUUAUGAUAUUUCAUUUGGCUUCAAAGCUAACCCAAGCUAGCUUUCAUCUUUUCAUGGGAGAAUAGAUUGCCUACUUUAUCAGAGAUAUGGAGGUGAAGAUCGAGGAAUUAAUGAUAUCAAGGGUAUGCAAAAUGAUGAUUAAGGCAUUGGCUUUCCUUUGGUCCCGAUAUUCUUUCCCAUUUAAGAGACUAAUUUUUAUGCUCCAUUUUAGCAUGAGAAGUUUUCCAUUAGUUAGGCGAUUAGUUGUGGACUUUGGAGUCUUGAACAUAUGAAUGAUAUAGAUCCUAGUAUAGAGUAUGUUAGAGUCUUGCAAACUGACGGUCAUAGAUGGAAGUUAUAUGAAAUACAUCGUACUCACGUCAAGAAGACUAAAUUUUUUGAACCGAGAGCAGAUUUAAGGUAAAACAGCUACAAAAAUAAGGUUGUGAGAAAUACUUAGCAAGGAAGAUUCUUUGAUGAUUACGAGCAUAUGCUAAGUGUAAUAGGACUUAUAAGAUAUGCUAUGGGUAUUCCUGAAAAUAUUGUCAUGGCUAAUGAUACUUAUGAGGUAGAGGAAUUACCAUAAUAAAAAGAUUACCAAAGAACUAUAUAAAAAGGAUUAUUAUAAUUGGAAAAAACAUAGGACGGAUUCCUGAUAGAUAAGAGAGUAUUUAAAGAAUUACCAGUUACUAGUUAAAAAGAUGAUUUGCAAAAGUUAAAUAGUGAUUAAUAAAAUUAGAAAUUGUUGAAUGAGUCUAAUGAAAUGAAAGACAUUGCCAAAAAAGGAAUUUGA